UACAUUGGAAAGUUUCAUUUCAUUAUUAUUCGUUCAAGAUCAUAUCUCGUUGAAGCUUCAAGAAAUCGCAAGAAUGUUUAACAUACAUAAUAAAACUGUAAUGAUCACUGGAGCAGCUCGUGGAAUAGGCUACAAAUAUGCCGAAAUAUUGCUUCGUAAUGGUGCAAAACGUAUCGCUAUCAUUGACUUGCCAACAUCGAAUGGUCCGACUGCAGCAGCUACGUUGGAGAAAGAAUUUGGAAGAGGUCGUGCUGUCUUUUAUGCCUGCGACGUGACGAAGGCAGAAGAUUUGGAGAAGACAUUCAAGGAAGUCGUUGAUGCAUUCGAAGGACUUGAUAUUCUUAUCAACAACGCUGGUGUAGUAGACAAUAAUUGGGAACGAACGAUUGAUGUCAAUAUCAAGGCACUGAUACAUAGUUCUUUUUUGGCGAUGGAUUAUAUGGGAAAGCAUAAAGGCGGCAAAGGCGGUGUAAUCGUGAACGUUGCAUCUCAACUUGCAUUGCAUCCAUGUUCUUUUUUACCAGUAUACACGGCUACGAAACAUGGAGUUCUCGGAUUUAGUCAAGCUUUAGCAGAUUUGUACGAUAAGACUGGAGUACGAGUUUUAAUCAUGUGUCCCGGUUAUACAGAGACUGAACUGGGUAAAAAUAUCUCCGACAGAAGCUGUGAUCUUGUCCGCACUGUACUAGGUAACGUUGACGACGGAUUCAAGGAUUAUCCAAAACAAUCCGUUGAGCAUGUUGCACUUGCAAUGUUAGAUCUUAUCCAAAAAGGUAAAAACGGUGCUGCUUGGGUCUGCGAAGGUGGUCAACCACCUUACGCCGUAGAUUUUGUCCAUUAUUCCAAACGAGCGCUGCCUGUAUAAAAAUUAUAUUGAUGAUUCUUCUUGAGAGUUUAAAUAAAGUAAUGUUAUGUUACCAAGCGUUGUAUCAGUUGUGUAAAUUAAAAUUAUUCGAAAUAAGUAACGUAAAAGCUGUAUUAGUCACAAAUACAUAUAAUUCUUUUGAUUAGAAAUUAUAUUAUCUUUAGAAAUAUUCGCGAUUUAUAUUAGUUACAUAUUUGUAUCGUACAUUUAAUAUCUACAAGAAACAGUUUUAUACAUUAAAUAUUCAUUGCAAA